CGCCUUUCUCCACCCCGUUGCUCUCCAUUACCGUCUGUCUUAUUCUCAGAUUCUUCCUAACUUGUGUUUGGUCACAGAGAAACCGUCGGAAGAAAAAAAAGAAAAAUCACAAUCCUUGGACCUUCAUUUCGUUUUCCCAUUUUUUUCUCAACAACUAAAUGGGCCUUAGGUUUUCAUCGCCUAAAUUAUUCGAAGUUCUAACUCUUUCACACGUCUUCUAGCUCUCAAAGUUCCUGCCGGCGAUACACUUUGUUUUGGUCAUAUGCUUUUGGACUUUAUCCCAGAGGUCUAGGGUUUUAUAGCGAGUCUGUGGUCAAUUGAAUUGAUAACUCGAAGCUAUGGAUUCUGUGGAUUCUCGCGACGAAGAAUCACCACUCGUUGUUUCCGACUCGCAGAGUAAAACCCUACAGAACCAUACUAGAGAUGUUCAUAUUUUGAGUUGUUCCUUCUUAUUGAUCUUUCUUGCUUAUGGAGCUACUCAGAAUCUGGAGAGUUCUGUCAACACUGACGAAGAUUUGGGAACUAUUGCGCUGGGGAUAUUGUAUCUAUCCUUCACCAUUUUCUCUUUAAUUGCUUCCUUGGUGGUACGGAUGAUGGGGUCAAAGAAUGCUCUGAUUCUUGGGACUACUGGUUACUGGUUAUUCAUGGCUGCAAAUUUGAAACCAAGAUGGUCCACAAUGGUUCCGGCUUCUGUAUACCUUGGUUUUACUGCUUCAGUGAUAUGGGUUGGACAGGGGACAUAUCUCACUGCCACUGCUCGUAGUCAUGCAAAUGACAAUAACUUACAUGAAGGAACAGUAAUUGGUAACUUCAAUGGGGAGUUUUGGGGAAUGUUUGCCAGCCACCAGUUUGCUGGAAAUCUUAUCACUCUUGCUCUAUUGAAAGAUGGAAAGAAGGGAAGUGCUGGAGGGACAACCUUAUUAUUCAUUGUGUUCCUUUGUAGCAUGACCUUAGGCACCAUACUCAUGUGGUUCUUACGCAGAAGGGAUAAUAAAGGAGAGGAGGGAUCACUGGAACCUGCUGUUGGUUUCUACUCUUAUGCAGUGUCUCUGUCGAAGUCAGUUAUCACUCCAUUGUUUGAUGUCCGGAUGCUAUUGAUCAUCCCCCUCUUUGUCUAUUCGGGCUUACAACAAGCAUUUGUAUGGGCUGAAUUCACCAAAUAUAUAGUAACUCCCGCACUUGGAGUGUCUGGUGUGGGUGGAUCAAUGGCAGUAUUUGGCGCUUUUGAUGCAAUUUGUUCACUGGCUGCUGGUCGACUCACGUCUGGUCUAUUGUCAAUCACUUGGAUAGUUUCAGGCGGAGCUUUUGCUCAGGUUAUUGUGCUGCUCUGGAUUCUACUGAAAUACAGGGUAACUAGUGGAGUGCUUGGCACAAUAUACCCACUUCUCAUGGCGGCCAUAUGGGGCAUUGGUGAUGGAGUCUUCAAUACACAGAUUAAUGCUUUGAUUGGGAUUCUCUUCAAGAGUGAUACGGAAGGAGCAUUUGCACAAUACAAGGUGUGGCAGAGUGCUUCAAUUUCAGCUGUCUUUUUCCUGAGCCCAUACAUCUCACUGCAAGCCAUGUUGGUGGUGAUGCUUGCUUCACUCUUCACUGCAUUCUCUGCCUUUCUCUUUUUAACUCAUAAGGUAGAGAGAGCAUUCUCCUCUUCUACUUCUCCACAGGUAGCAAGCUAAUAUGUAAUGAAUGUUACUUCCAAAGUGAUGUAUGCGCUUUUGUGUUAUGCAAGGAGUGUGGCCUAUUAUUCUGUA